UUUUUUCUUUUUCGAUUUGUCACUGUGAAACACCAUAGACGUAAUGGAGGCAGCUGGAUGAGGUUCACGUAGAGAAAUCGGAGAACAUCAGAAUCUGCAAUGGCCAAUUCAUCCUCUGAAGAUUCCGAUCAGGAGGUUCAGCAACUACCUGGAAACCUUGAUGAUGGCGAUGCGAACACUAUCAAGAUCAUGGUAGCUACGGACUGUCACAUAGGAUACAUGGAGAAAGAUAAUAUCCGACACAGUGACUCCAUCAACACGUUUGAAGAGAUUCUUCAGCUGGCUCGCAAAAACAAGGUUGACAUGGUGUUACUUGGUGGAGACCUGUUUCAUGAAAACAAACCUUCAAGGAAGUCCUUGCAUGGGGUCAUGACCCUCUUCAGGAAGUACUGCAUGGGAGACAGACCGGUCCAGAUUGAGUUUCUCAGCGAUCAGAGCGUCAACUUUUCAGCCAGUCCAUUCCCCAAUGUGAACUAUGAAGAUCCGAAUCUGAACAUUGACAUGCCUGUCUUCUCUAUACAUGGAAACCAUGAUGAUCCUGCUGGGCUAGGUAAUCUGUGUGCUUUGGAUAUGCUGAGUGUGUCGGGUUUGGUAAACUACUUUGGGAAGAGUACCUCACUGGAAUCGGUAGAGAUCUCACCCAUCCUUCUUCAGAAAGGAACAACCAAACUAGCUAUCUUUGGCUUGGGUUCCAUACGAGAUGAACGUCUUCAUCGUAUGUUUCUAUCGGGGAAGAUAUCUAUGCUGAGACCGAAGCAGAAUGCCGACUCCUGGUUUAAUAUCUUUGUCAUUCAUCAAAACAGAGCGAAGCAUGGCGAGCACAACUACAUCCCCGAGCAGUUCCUUGACAAUUUUAUUGACCUGGUUAUUUGGGGUCACGAGCACGAAUGCCUGAUUGACCCCGUAUGGAAUGCAUCACAGAAUUUCUUCAUCAGUCAACCUGGUAGUAGUAUAGCCACAUCCUUGUCACCGGGUGAAGCAGUGCCAAAACACGUAGGUCUCUUGCAGGUUCGCGGUAAGGCCAUGAAGUGCACUAAGCUCAAGCUUGAGACCGUCCGUCCAUUCUAUCUAGAGGAUAUCACCCUCCAAGACACCACACUCGAUCCAAACGAUGUCAAGAUCACAGAGAAAACUGUUGCAUUCUGUACAGAAAAGGUUGAAUCCUUGAUACAAAAAGCAGCUGAUGAGCACACAGGGAACAGAAAGCAGCCAGACCUCCCUCUCAUUCGACUAAGGGUGGACUACAGCGGGGGAUUCGAUACAUUCAAUGUGAAUCGGUUUGGUCAGAAGUUUGUUGGUCGGGUGGCAAACACCAAGGAUCUUAUCCGCUUUACAAAGAGAAGGGUACAACUCAAGAAAGAAGAUACCAAACCUGGUGAAGACUUGGGAGAGUUUCUCAAGCCAGAAGCCCUGGAAACAGAAAGAGUUGAAGACCUUGUCCGGAAGUAUUUCUCAGAAACAGAAGAGUCAAAACAGCUGGAACUGUUGUCGGAGAAGGGUUUGGGCCAAGCCGUCCGGGAAUACGUUGACAAGGAAGAGAAGGAAGCUAUCCAAGCCCUCGUUAAACACCAGCUGACGCAAACACAGGGUCAACUCAAGACCAGGAGAACAACGGAAGAUCACAUCGACGAUGAGCUGCAUCGAUUUAAAGAGGAGAGAAGACAAAUGAGUGAAGCAGACGUCACCAAUGAAGUCAAAGCAGCCAUUGAUGAAGAUCGAAGUCAGAGACCGGAUGCCUACUCCCAGGACUACGGCGGAGACAGUGACGACGAUAGCAUGGUGACGGGCAAUGGGGACGCCUCCUCCAUGUCUACCAGAGGGCGUGGCAGGGCGAGGGGCGGGAGAGGAAGAGGAGCAGCUGGCAGCUCCGCCACAAGAGGAAGAGGAAGCAGAAGUGGCAGGGGUAGCAAAGGAGGAAGGGGUCAAAGUUCAUCGAGUCGAGGGUCAGCAGCUUCCAAACAGAGCCUCCUGAUGACAUCCUUUGCAAACGCGUCUUCAUCAAGCAACAGGACCAAGCCAGGAGCCAUUGCCUUUGAGGAUGAUGAUGACGAUGAUAUGGAUUCCAUGCCAGUGUCAAGAAACAAUAAAACAGCUAAAAGGAAAACAACGUCAAACAAAGUGAUCGAAAUCAGUGACUCCUCAGAGAAUGACAGUGAUGACCCCUUCAGUGCAAUGAGCUCGUCCAACCAAGCUAAGAGAGGCAGACGGUACUAACAUCUCAACACUGAAAACCCAUUCAUGCCUUUGGACUGAGAAUGCAAAGAUAGGACAUGUUACCAGUCUUAGUACUGCAGUUUGAAUGAUGGAAGUAUGCACAUUAAAAAUUAUGUGGAAUGAGAAUGCUAAGAUAGGACAUCUUACAAAUCUGUUAAUUAGUGCAGGAGCCAAGCCAAGAGAGGCAGACGGUACUAACAUCUCAGUACUGAAACCCAUUCAUGUCUUUGGACUGAGAAUGCAUAGAUGGGACAUCUUACCAGUCUGAGCUCUGUUAUCUGAGUGGUGAAAAUAACCGAAUUCUAUGGACUGAGAAUACAAAGAUGGGACAUUGUACCAGUCUGUUAGCACUCCUUUUUGUCUUGCACUCUACACAGUGCCUCAGCAAAAGUGCAUCUGUUAAGCAAUAUGUGAUUGCCCUUGCAGACCCCCACUUUUUUGAGGUACCGUAUAAUCUCUGUACUACUUGUAGAAAGGCACCCUUGACACUUUUCAAGUGACAACCUUGAAAUGCACAGUGGGCGAUCUAUAUCUUUGAAUCAUGAUCGAUGAUCCGAAGUAAAUAACCAUCACGAGUCCGGUCAAAUUCGUGCUGUCCGAACUUUUAUUGCAUUAGUCCGACAGACGCUCUUGACGGACGGAUUAUAUUAUGCAAGUCAAUUGGCCUUUUGCAAAUUUCGUAUUGUUUCAAUUUUCCCAUGAUAUGUCAGUUGCUGGGCCCUUAAAGGGGAAGUUCACCCUGACAAAAAGUUUAUUGUAAAAAUA